AUGUCUACUGCCGACGUGCUCUCGCUGCUUACUGCACACGAGGCCGACGUGUGCGCAAUUAACGAAACGUGGCUAUCGCCGGACGUUCACAAUUACGAGGUGCUGCCGCGCGACUACGUUGUCCUGCGUAAGGACAGGCUGGGGGGCCGCCGACCUGCCGGAGGCGUUGCUCUUGCAAUACGGCCACACUUGCAGCCAAAGAGGUUGCAACAACUCGAGGGCCAGGCCGAGAUAGUGUGGGCGCAAAUAAAGGCAAACUCGCUGCAUUUCCUCGUCGGGUCUGCGUACAGGCGGCCAAACGCGGACACCGUUUAUAACGCGGCGCUUUUAGAAUCGCUCGAGCUUGCAGCGGCUGAGCAACAUAGCUACGACGGGUGUUUCUUGAUGGGCGACUUUAAUCUUAGCGUUUCGUGGCUUUUGGAUCCACCUCGCGCUCACGCAGCCCCCGCAGAUGAUUUUUUGAGCGCUUUCACCACUAUGGCCCUGGAGCAGCACAUUAAAUCGCCAACAAGAACGACAGAAAACUCGGAAAAUAUCCUCGACCUUUUCCUCAGUGACGUUCCCGAGCUCGUUGCGGCCGCUAAUGUUGUGUGCCGAAUCUCUGACCACGAUGCCCUCUUAGUCACCCUAUCGCAAAUUAAGGCGAGCGCAGCUGCUGGCCCAGACGGAUUGCCAGCUCCCCUGCUCAAAUACUGUGCCGCAGCGCUCGCUCCUUCUCCCGCACACGUUUUCAACAAAUCGCUCGAGUCCGCCGAACUUCCGGCCGACUGGAAAACUGCAGCAGUCACCCCCAUAUUCAAGGACGGAGAUAAAAGCAACAUGCAGAACUAUAGGCCUAUCAGCAUUACAUCUCUUGUGGGAAAAACGCUCGAGCGAAUCGUGCGAGACAGAACUGUGGAAUACUUAGAAAAAGAAAAAGUAAUUCCCUCAUGCCAACAUGGAUUUCGGGAGAAAAGAAGCUGCACCACUUUGCUGACGGGGACAAUAGACCACUGGACAGCUGCCCUGGACGAGGCGAGCGGCACUCACAUCCACGCUGUUUUCCUGGACUGGAGCAAGGCUUUUGAUAAAGUCUUGCAUCCGAGGCUCCUCUCUAAGCUGCAGCACUACGGCAUAAAAGGUCAAAUGCUUAAGUGGUACGAGAACUUCCUCGUUGGCAGAACGCAGUUUGUCAAGUUCGGCGGAGAGAGCUCGGAGCCUUGUGAGGUGGCCUCGGGAGUUGUUCAGGGGAGCGUUCUCGGCCCGCUCCUCUUCAACAUUUUCGUCGCGGAUUUACCAGAAAUGGUAACAAGCAGCACCCUUGUCCAGUACGCCGAUGACGCGACCAUUUAUAAAGAAAUAAGAUGCCAAGAAGAUGCCGACGCGCUGCAGGAAGAUUUGUUCAACAUCGACAUUUGGUGCUCCAACAACGGGAUGACUCUGAACGCCAAAAAGUGCAAAAUCAUGGACAUAACCCGCGCGCGCGUCCCUCUGCAGUUCGUGUACACCCUCGGUGCUACGGUUCUCGAGUACGUGCACAAGGAGCGUAUGCUCGGCGUGCACAUCUCAAGCGACCUCCGAUGGCACGAGCACACGGACAUCGUGCGUGGGAAGGCAGCACGAAACCUAAGGUUCGCGGCGCGCAACCUGCAAGGGUGCACGGCCCGCGUUAAGAGGGUGGCAUACCUGACUCUUGUGAGACCGGUAAUGACUUUCGGCCUCCCAGCCUGGCACCCGACAACACAAGACAACGUCAACAGGCUGGAGAGGGUGCAAAAGAGGGCGGUGCAUUUCAUCUAUGGCCGCAAUCCACCGCCGGCCAAUGAGCAAAAAAUCAUGCCAUUCCCAAUGCUGCUGAGAUACAAUGACUUUAUCUUUUUCAAAAAGUGUGAGUGUGGUGAGACCGAUUUUAACGCGCGUGCGAGAAUAAUUGAGGGUCGUGUAUUGAGAGGUGAUAGUGGCCAGCACCCCCGCCUCCAGCCGCCUCCGACCAGCAGUGUUUUCGGCCAGCGCGCGUUCUCCUUCAGGGUAGUCAAGCCAUGGAACGAUUUGCCUCUGGCACUCAAAGACUGCAACGCCGCGCAAUUCCCCGCUCUCCUCAAGCAGCACAUGUGGCAAGAGUUUUAA